GUGACGUUGAUAUGACACUGACAUUUUAUGUUUCUCAAGUUUUCAUUUGCUUUUCACUUUUCGUAACAAUUACUAAAUCGAGGCAGAAAUUGAAUUAGAAUCCGAAAUAUUAAAGCCUUAAAAAUAAAUAUCAACAAAAUGGAGAAGUGUAACCAAACGGCAGCUAAUACUAACGAAAAGGUGCCUUUUGAUCCUGGUUGGAACGACCCACCAACGUUUUCCUUCAAUGCACAACAAACUACUCCAAAUAAGCCAAGGAACUUCUUGAAUAAAAGGGUUGCAUUUCCUUUAUCGGGCAGUAGCCCCAGUCCGGCACCUCCACCCUCUGUAAAUCUGCCUCCCUUACCAAUGACUACACCAAUCCUUCCACCCAUGCAUACAAACCCAAAAAUCAUUAAUCAACCUGAAAAUGAUACAGAAAUCGACAGUGAAGGUACUCUACAGGAAGUGAAAGGCAUAUUGAUUAUGUUCUUGGACAAAAGCAGUGAGUUAGGACCUAAAUCUAAUGAUAUAAAAAGGAGAAUUAAUAUGAUGGAAGAAAUGUGGGCAAGCGGAAAACUGAAUAAUAAAAUACAUUUCUUAAUGAGAGAACUAGCUUAUGCUCUCCGAGAUGACCAGCCAAGUAAAGCAGAUGAUAUUCAUCGCACCCUCAUGGUGGAUCAUGUAAACGCAGUAGGCUCAUGGAUGCCUGGAGUCAAACAAUUAGUCCACCAUUGUAUAGCUCGAUCAGAACUAUUGUCCUUAGAUAAGGAAUAAUCUAUUUAGUCAUGAUAAUAGGAGACUAUUUGUAUAUAUAUAGGAUUAACUUUAAGAAAAAAUUGUGAUUUUAUUUUAUAUAUUUUUAUUUAUUUUUUUUUGCUUAUAUCAUUAUAUUGCCAUAAAACAUACCUUGACUGUGUUAUAAAAGUUGUAAAUAAAUACAAAUAUGGUAUUAACAUCAUGUCAUUUAAUCAAAUUGUUAUCAUUAUUCUAUAACAAAACACUCCGGCUUAUUUACAGUGAUUUAAUGUUGAAGGUGGAACUAAUACUGUACAAAAACCUAGAAAAGUAAUGACAGAUAUAUUAAUUUUAGCAUUACUAUAAAUUCAAAUGCCACGUUUGAUGGGUUUAGGUGCGACUGUCACACGAACAGGUCGACAUAACUCUACAAGUUGUGCAGGCUCCCGGCCAGCACCUUCUUCGACGGCCAGACACACUGACAUGUCAACGCCGCAUGGCUCUGUCCAUACACCGUGCGAUAUUAACACCUUUGUUAAUAAUCGUACAUUCUGUGUGCCAUCUUCAUCUGUAUAAGAAUAAAAUUUAACCAUUACAAACGUUUGAAUGACAAUAAUAUCACUAUAAAGUUACUCAACA